GGAGGGGGGCGAAUAGAGGGGAUCCAUGGAGAUUCUGUGCGGCUUCAUCGAGCAGACCGUCUGGAUUAAGCUGAUUUGAGACGCAGUGUUGGACAAUUGCAGAGACGACGACGGUGUUGUGCUCCCCCCCCCCUUCCUCCCUCCCUCCCCGCCCCCCCAACCCCACGACCCACGAUCCAACCGUACAGCCCGCGACGUGUUUUGGGUUUUUGGCUGGGACAGCAGUCUUCGGGGAUCCGGUCAUGGCGGACCAAGAGGAGACUUUUGCCCUUGAAAACUCUCCUGGUGGUUCAGAAUCAAGGGAAUUACAGUCCGACAACAAAUCUGAGAAACAGAACGGGACCUCAAGCAAAUCGCCCUCAUCUCAGACCACUUACAUUCAGCAGGGAAUGGAGGGAAUAAAAGUCUACCUGCACGAGAGGGAACUCUGGAUAAAGUUUGACGAGGUGGGCACGGAGAUGAUCAUCACCAAAGCUGGAAGGCGAAUGUUCCCCAGCUUCAAAGUGAAGGUCACAGGAUUAAACCCCAAAACCAAAUACAUUCUCCUCAUGGACGUUGUUCCUGCGGACGACCAUCGAUAUAAAUUCGCCGACAACAAAUGGUCCGUUACCGGGAAGGCAGAGCCCGCCAUGCCCGGCAGGCUCUACGUGCACCCGGACUCUCCCGCCACCGGGGCGCACUGGAUGAGGCAGCUCGUCUCCUUCCAGAAGCUGAAACUGACCAACAACCACCUGGACCCGUUCGGACACAUUAUCCUAAAUUCGAUGCACAAGUAUCAGCCGAGGAUCCACAUAGUGAAGGCAGAUGAAAAUAACGGCUUCGGCUCUAAAAACACGGCCUUCUGCACCCACGUCUUCCCGGAGACAGCCUUCAUCGCGGUGACGUCCUACCAGAACCACAAGAUAACCCAGCUGAAGAUUGAGAACAAUCCGUUUGCAAAAGGCUUUCGUGGAAGUGAUGACAUGGAGUUACACCGGAUGUCCCGGAUGCAAAGUACCAAGGAGUAUCCGGUGGUGCCUCGCAGUACGGUGCGCCAGAGAGUGGGCUCCAGCCACAGCCCGUUCAGCGGCGAGGUCCAGGGCAUCGCCACCCCGAGCGCGCUGACCUCCCAGUACUCCCAGUGUGAGAACGGGGUCACCAGCACGUCACAGGACAUGCUGCCCCAGUCGGGCUCCUACCCCCUGCCGCAUGAGCACAGCCAGGAGUACCACUGCAUCAAGAGGAAAGUGGAGGACGACUGUCCCUCUGGCGAGCAGAGCUAUAAGAAAGCCUACCUGGAGAGCUCGUCCAGUGAAGAGGACCAUUACUACCGUCCCGUGGGCUACGCCCAGAGCCUCGGCCUGGCCGCCGGGCCCUACCGCAGCGAAUCCAGCCAGCGGCAGGCCUGCAUGUACGCCAGCGCCUCGCAGGGGGCCGAGCCGGUCCCCAGCCUGGAGGACAUCAGCUGCAACACUUGGGCCAGCGUUUCGCCCUACGGGAGUUGCUCCGUCACCACCAUGCAGCCAAUGGAGCGGCUGCCCUACCAGCACUUCUCCGCCCACUUCACCUCGGGGUCCCUGGUGUCCCGGCUCGGAGGGGUCGGGGGCCACGCCUCUCCGCAGCUCGGCGACGGCCACCACGCCGCCAUGUACCAGAGCUCCAUGACCCACCAGACUCUGGGCCGCCAGUGCAGCCCCGGGGCCGGGAUCCAGUCGCCAGGAGCUGGCCUGCAGGGAAAUGAGUACCUCUACACCCACGGCAUACCACGUACACUGUCGCCACACCAGUACCACACAGUACACAGCGUCAGCAUCAUGCCAGAGUGGAACGAGAACAGCUAGGGCUUCUGUUGUUUAUUAUUUUUUUUAAAUCACACUCAACGGAUGAUGAUGAUGAGGAAGACGGAAAGGAAAAAGCGAAAAGGACCAAAAGAAGGCAGGGUUUAGAUGAAUAUAUAUUUA